UGCAGUGCGCGGAUGAUGAGAACGUCAAUUUUUUGUUGUUUGCCGCUGUUUUAUGUUUGCUUGUGAAGUGAAGAAGUUUACCGCUGCGAUUUUCCCAACCGUAAACUAUAGGAAAAAAAUAUUAAAAUUUAACUCCUAUAAUAAUAAAAGAAAUCAAAAAUGUCAGCUCCGUAUGAUAUUUUUGAUAAUUUGAACAGCUACUUGAAUGCGACCGAUGACGUUGAUUUCGCCGAGGAGGAACUGGAAGCUGAGGGUCAAAAUCUACUGGAUCAGCAACCGGAUCCAGACGAGAUUCCACCACCCAUUAAGCAGAAGCGGGGUACAGGAGCAACGGAAAAAAUAAAAGCCACGGUGCCGGUCGUACGCCGUAGAAGUAAACGGCUGUCCAUUCACGCCGCAGUGGAACCAGCCGACGAAGACGUUCUACCAAGUAGCUCGUCCUCAUCAAGCCUAGCCAGUUCCAGUGGCUCACACUCGUCGUUGAGUAAUAGAUCUUCUCAAAUGUCUGGUGGUGAUCUGGAAGAGCAACUGAAGGAGGUCACAAAGCAGUAUAAUUUGAUCUUCAGCAACCCUGCCUUUAUUGAACAGGACAAGCGAUAUUUCUCCACUUUGAAGAGACGCUUUCAGUCAAUAUUGAAACGGAAAUCACAAUUAAGCCGAGGCAAACAAGCUGCAUUUAUACGAGAUUUUGAGUCACUGAAAGAAAUUUUUUAUAAUUUAUGUGUCAAUUCAAAUUUGAUGGCUCCGCUUCCUUCAACCUCGGCUUCGCAAAUGGUGCCUAAUUAUGUUACUUCAAGUCAAUCUAUACAACGUACGCGGAGACAACAGCAACCGGAACUGAUUAAUUUAGUGGACAGCCCAGCUUUGAUUCUUCCGGGAAUUGUCAAUCUGGAUUCUGAUGAGGAAAAUGAUGCACCUUCAUCUGCCAACAGAAGUGCCAACCUGUCGUUUGAUUCUGAAAAUUAUGAAGUCUCACUGAAGGUCAAGUGGGAAGGUAAAAUCGAGCGCAUUAGCCACAGAAAAUUCCAAAAGAUGGGGGACUUGAUAAUCGCUCUGGCCGAAAAGGCUGGCGCUGAUCCUAAUCACGUGGUUUUAGAUUUAGAUGAACGCAUAAUAGAGCCGCAGGACACGCCAGAUUCCAUCGGGUAUCGAAUAUCGCAGUUCAUAACUGGACGCGUCAUCGAAGGUCAACUUGCUGAAGUUUUUGCCAAGAAGAAAAGGCCCAUUGCCGCCGGAGGAGCAGUCUACCCGAAGAAGCCAAAGAAUGAUAACGAGAUCACACUGAAAGUGCAAUCCGACCGCUGGAAGAAGCCCCUGGAGGUACAAAUUCGAAAGGAUAACAAAAUGAUGAUUCUGAUUAUCAAAUGUGCCGAAGAACUGAAAUGCCAGCCGGGAGACAUAAAGCUCUCUUUUGAUGGUGAUCCGAUUACGAUGGAGUCCACUCCAAUCGAUUUGGAUUUAGAAGGGGGUGAAGUUUUGGAUCUACGUUUCCGGAAAGGAUAAGUUAUUUAACGUUAUUUCCUGUAUCAAUGUAUUUGUACGGAUGGUGUAACUGAAGGAAUGAAUAUUAUUUAGUACUAGUCGACCCGGCAGACGUUGUCCUGCAUAGUAGGCGAAAAUGCGCGUUCCGAACUGCCCAUGCAAAGUUUCCAUAUGAAUCUUGAUUUUAGUUUUUCACGUAUUGCUCGACCUUACUCGUAAUUUUGGCAUGAGGAAAUAUCAUAUAAACCCAUCGGAAACGGUAAUGAACGUUUCCGCUGAAGGAAUGAAGAAAAUCUAUCCAGCCGUUUUCGAGUUAUGCGGAUACGAACACAGACCAUUUCAU